CCCUUGAUUGCAGAGAUGGCUUCCUGCGACGUGCUUUCUGUGAAUGUCCAUUCUGUGGAAUGGCCAUUAAUGACCUUUGCUGCCUGCUACAAAGACAGCGUGAAGAAGAUCACUGAACACAUCAGAUCCAAGACCAAAGUUCCUGUUCAGGACCAAGUCCUUCUUCUGGGCUCGCAGACCCUAGAGCCACAGAAAACACUGUCAUUUUAUGGCAUUGACAAGGAGAACACCAUUCACCUCACCUUGAAGGUGGUGAAGCCCAGUGAUGAGGAACUGCCUUUAUUUCUGGUAGAGGCAAGAGAUGAGGGGCAGAGGUACCUCCUCCAGGUGCGAAGGUCCAGCUCAGUGACCCAGGUGAAAAAGAUGAUCGAGACUGUGUCUGGUGUGACCCCUAAGAACCAGAUUGUCACUUGCAACGGAAAGAAACUGGAAGAUGGGAAGAUCAUGGCAGAUUAUAGCAUCAAAAAGGGCAAUUUACUCUUUCUGACACGCUAUUGUAUUGGGGGGUGACUUUCCUGGGGAUGAGAUGGUUACCUGGAGUAGAGUUCAUUUUCUUUUAGCUCUUACUCAGCAACCACAUUUUUCAUGAUUUCCCAAAAUUAAUGAGAAUAAGAUAAUAGAGGAAGAUUUGGGGGUGGGGUGUGGGGAGGAUGAAGAGUAUUUUUCAACUCUGAUUCUUUGAUUCUACCAUAGUUUAUGGCAGGAUUGUUACUAAGAAUAGAAAAUAUCAUUUUUAUUUGAGGGAUACCAUUCAAAGCUGACUUGAAAUUUAUUUCUUUGAAAUCCUAUUUCCUUUCCAACAGGAUAAGAUAUUAAGCUUAGGUUGUGAUUCAGUUCUACUGAUUUUUGUGUUUAUAUAUUAAGCUCACUGCUUCAUCUGUAUCACUCAAUAAUUGGUGAAUCAAAAUAA